AUGAUCGAGUCGAGUGCCAAGAAACCUCAUGACAGCGGCGAAGUGCGUCCGUUGCUCGAAACUCGAGCCGCGCCGCUAAUUCCCUCUCCUACCGGCCGCCACAUCAGUCGAUGGAGUGUGCUCGCCAUCGUCUCGACCUUGAUGUUGACUGCAGCUGUCUUCGGUGUCUUCAAGCCGAGCAUCUCGACGAUGCGAAGUACCACGACCGUGCCCCCGGACGCCAAGUUCGACCUCUUCACGCCAAUCUUCAACGCCGAAGCCCCGCCGGACGCUCUCUUCAAGCACACGGACGCCAUGAAGAACUUGCUGCCUCCCAAAUUCCUCGCAGCUGGAAUCGUGGGCUCACAUCCUGUUCCAACGAACGACUGGUGGGGCAACAUCAUCGCUGCCACUGCCAACGACGCAAAGGUUGUGUACCCUGUGUGGACGAACCCGUACAGCGUGACCCCGUCCAUCUUCCAGGAACCCUUUGGGCUCACGAUGAACUACCCGUACACGACCCGGUUGUUCGGUGGAGGCUUGACUGGCAACGGUGACGCCGAAGCGUACUAUCUCCACGGUCAAGUGCCCGAGUUCACCUUCUCCGCGACCGAGUUCUCCAACUCGUCCCUCCCGGUCUUUGAGGUGUUUGAAUGGGACGAUCUCAGCGUGCAGCUCCGUUUUCUGUCCCGCGAGGACCCAACGAAGAAGUUCGAGGCAACUCUUGCAAGCGGCAUGGCGUUCGUCACUUCGCACUACGCGGGUCUGACGCCGCGUUUCGAGACGCUGUACACUAUCGUGACAAUCAACAGCUUGGACGCCACAGAGACCCUCGGCCGUGCUCUUACGAACAACCGCUUUGUGCUGCAAUUCAGCAACAGUGCCACCUGGACGCUGUACUUCUCGAGCGAAGUCACGCUUUACUUCGACGGCCACUCGAUGCUGGACAUGAAGCAGCCGUUCACCGGGACUGCUCGUGUUGCUCUGAUCCCUGAUGCAUCAGCACAAGAGCAGCGUAUCUUUGACGAAACUGCGAGCUGCGUCCUCGAUGGCGGUCGCGUGGAAGCUCACAAUGAAAAUGCUUACGCGUACAAGUGGAAGACCAGCGGAGAUUGCGCGAACGGGAUGCUGCACUACGCCCAGGUCCACCACGUGGAUACUCUGGACCGGAGGUAUGCCGUCGAGGCUCAAGGUGUUGCUGCUCAUUCCACAACACGAGGACUGAUGCAGGGAGUGGUGACGACGUCGUCUCCGCCCGAGUGGCGCCUUGUAGAAACCGUGGAGUUCCCGGUUGACUUCUACCCGUCACGCAAACCGGACCCGAAACACGUCGAGAUGCACGAGAUGAAGAAGAACUUGAUCGCUGACAUCGACUCCCAGUGGACGAUCGCUCUGGGCCAGAGCUACUACUUCAACGGUAAAGCUGCACAAAAGUACGCGUCGCUCUGUCUCAUGGCUGGAGACCCGUCGAUCGUCGGGGAAGACGACACGGCGCUGCUUUCGCACUGCAUGACGAAGCUCGAAGGACUUCUCACGCCGUUCCUGAGCAACACGUGGACGAACGCCUUGAACUACGACACGGUCUACCGAGGCGUGGUGAGCUCGCAGGGGUUCACCCUGAACGACCCGAACGUGGACUUUGGGAACCCCAUGUACAACGACCACCACUACCAUUACGGCUACUGGAUCGUCACGGCUGCGAUUAUCAACAAGCUGGACCCUACUUGGUCGGGCAUCCCGGAGCUCAACCGCAUGGCAGGCUUCUUGAUCCGGGACGUCGCGAACCCGUCGGACGCGGACCCGUACUUCCCCAAGUUCCGGAGUCUCGAUUGGUUCCGAGGUCACUCGUACUCGCACGGCAUCACGGCACUCGCAGACGGCAAGGACCAAGAAAGCACGUCGGAAGACAUGAACUUCUUCUACGGCAUGACGCUCAUGGGCAAAGUGACUGGUGACAAGCACCUCGAAACGGUUGGGAAGCUCAUGGUCAAGCUCAAUGCCCGCGCGAUCCAGACGUACUUCCUCAUUGAAGACGGCAAUCGAGCUCACCCGGACCGCUACCGGGACAACAAGGUCAUGGGUAUUCUCUUUGACAACAAGGUCAACUAUGCCACGUGGUUCAGUGGCGAGAAGUAUGCGAUCCACGGCAUCCAAAUGCUUCCUGCGACUGCUGUCACGGAGUAUGUGCGGACGUACGAUUUCGUCUCCCAAGAAUGGGACCAGGUUCUGUCUCGGGAGCCUAUUGUACAGGAGGAUGAGCAGACAAACCCCUGGCUCUCACUGCUCUACAUGAACUACGCGACGAUCGACAAGGGCUUUGCACUGACAAAGUUGAGAAACGUCACGAUGGACGACGGUCUCUCACGCUCGUGGGCCAUGUACAUUGCAGCUACGCGGCCAUAG